AACACCUUGCCACAAGAGGGGGAAGAGACCCAUUCAUGAGUUCUCAAGUCGCAGGAAAACUCCGAUUAUAGAAUCUAGAAAGGACGUUUGCUCUUCAUCCUACAAGGACAAAAGGUCCAAGGAACCAAGCCGGCUAAGACGUGAAAUUCUACGACUAACGAUAUGGCAUCUGAUAACCAAACAUGGAGGAACACAAAACUCCAAGAAGAAAUAAAAGAAAAUUGGAAAGCAAGAAAAUACACAAAAAGGAGAAAAUUCAUUAUCUCAGGACUCCUUUUUCCAUUAAUUACAUUUUUCUUCAUAAAAACUUACUUGACUUUUUCCAGUUCAGCAGAAGAUAACAAGACUGAGACCCUGCAUAAAAGAGACUUGCAGCUAUCCAGAAAUAAGAGACACUUUCCAAGAUACAGUGACUUUGACACAAGCAAUGACAUAUAUGUAUACGCUUGCAUAGGAUAUGGGGUUACUUGUUGCAUGAGUUUUUACUUUUUCCAUAGCAACACCAUUGAAAUACACGCCAGAAUAGAAUCCAAGACAAAGUUCACAAAAAUGCAAGGAUCAUAUGUACAUAGUAAUACAACUGGUACAUAUGAGUGUAAUCUAACAGAUAUGGGAUUCUGGGUUAUAGUUAUAAAAGGAAAUGAGACUACAGCUUGGACUGGGGAUGUAACUAAUGUUAAGGUACAUACUCCUUCUGUGGGAGGAUCCAAAACUGAUAUUUGGUUUCAAACACAAUAUUAUUUACAGUUUGUAGAUCCUGAACAUUUACAAAUUACAGGAGAUGAAAAGGGAGAUGUAACUCGAGUAUGGGAUUUUCAAAUGACAAGAAGUUUAGCUCAAGUCAAAGUGAAGGUGAUGAUUACUGUUGUGGAUUUAAUUAUUCCAGACAUAAAAGUAUCGCCACAAUCUCUUAAAAUAGAAGAAGGAAAGGAUAAUUUAACUUUGAUGUGUACUACGCAAAUAGAAUUACCUCAGAAUUCACUAUUAACCUGGAAGAGAAAUAGUGAGUUGUUGGGCAGUCUUUUCUAUAGCUCAUCUAGCAUAAUUCGUAAGGGCAAUUUUGGUAAUUUAGAUUGGAAGAAUAAUAGUUUGAUUUUUCAUCACACUAAUCCAAAUCUAAAUGACUCAGGUAUAUAUGAGUGUUGCCUAUCAUUGGAAAAUUAUCCUAUGAAAUGUGAUAUUGCAAAUGUUGCAGUUUUAUCCCCUGAAAAAACGAAAUGUACUAACGGAAAAUUUAUUCCCGCAAGUCCUUUUUAAAUUAAUCAUUUCCAAUCCAGACAUCUUUUAAGAGAAGGACGCUUUGUGAUUAUACUUUGGAAAUUUAACAUUUCUGAAUGGAAAAUUUCAUCAAGGUAUCCUCAAUGUCAAGAGUAUCUAGUUAAUAUGGAAUUGGGUAUUGAUAAAUUGUUUGGAACUAAUAGUAAAAACAACAGCAGGAAUAAACGAGGUAUUGCAGAAGGAAUCCUCGGAGGAAUUGGAAUUGUUGGAAGUAUUACCAAUAGUAUGGAUAUUACUACAUUAAAAUCUGAUCUAGAAACAUCAGGUUUAGUGGGAAGUAAAAGUAUCAAAGUUCAGAGAAAUUUAAACCAAAUAUUAGAAAAUAUGGUAAUGAAGACAGCAACGGUUAUAGGUCCAUCUAUUAUCCAUUUACAAAAUAUUACUUUGGAUUUAAUGAAGAGUGAACAACAUUCCCACAUAGCCAGAACGUGUCUAGAGAUACAGACAGAGUAUUCCACCAAUUUUAAAAUAACAGCUCAAGCAUUCCAAAGUGGAAUAACUCCUUUAGG